CAGUCGCAAACAUCAUCGAGGCUGAACGCACCACCAACAACCACCAGCACCAGCACCAGCAAGUUGAUGCCCCGGGACAGCCCCCGAAACCGACAGCCACCAAGUUCCAACCCGCGCGCAAAGCAAGGCACAGCAAGAGGGCAGAUGUCGAACCCGAACAAUUGGCAGGAGGAGGCGAUGCGGCGCCUGCGCCAGAUGCAGACGCGGGGCGGCUAUCCCGGACGAGGAGGACCGCAGAUGCCGCGGGGAGGCGGCGGCGCCCUGGUGGGAGGCGUGCUGCUGGCGGGCGGUGCGUGGCUGCUGUCCAACUCGCUGUUCAACGUGGACGGUGGUCACCGCGCGAUCAAGUACCAGCGGCUGAGGGGCGUGAGCAAGGAGAUUUACAGCGAAGGAACACACAUCAACAUUCCGUGGUUUGAGACGCCCGUCAUCUACGACGUCCGAGCGAAGCCGCGCAACGUUGCUUCGCUGACGGGCACCAAGGACCUGCAGAUGGUCAACAUCACCUGCCGUGUGCUCUCAAGACCGAACAUUGAAGCACUGCCCCAGAUCUACAGGACGCUCGGAACCGACUAUGACGAACGAGUGCUGCCGUCGAUUGUGAACGAGGUCCUGAAGAGCGUAGUUGCUCAGUUCAACGCCAGCCAGCUCAUCACACAGCGAGAGAUGGUGGCUCGACUAGUACGGGAGAACCUGUCCCGCCGAGCGGCGCGGUUCAACAUUCUGCACCUCGCCUUCUCGCCAGAGUUCACAGCCGCUGUCGAAGCCAAGCAGGUCGCCCAACAAGAGGCCCAGCGAGCGGCCUUCAUCGUCGACAAGGCCCGCCAGGAGAAGCAGGCCAUGGUCGUCAAGGCGCAGGGUGAGGCCCGAUCCGCCGAGCUGAUUGGUGACGCCAUCAAGAAGAGCAAGGCCUACUUGGAGCUGAAGAAGAUUGAUAACGCCAGGCUCAUUGCGCAGCAGCUGCAAGAGUCGGGCGCCAAGAACAGGCUGAUGCUGGAUGCCGAAGGCCUGGGCUUGAAUGUGUUUGAGGAGACGGAUAAGAAAUGAAUGGGGGAUGAGAUGGAAUGAACUCUCCGCUGCAUGCUUGUCUGUGUAAUGAAAAAAAACUUGUAUUAUAGGAGCUAUAGGGAG